UAUAAGCCAUGCGUCGCCUGUUACAUCCAUUCAUCCAUCCAUCAGCGUACACAAGCAAGCAAGUGGUAGAGGUUCAGGCAUGGCAGCUCCGAGAGCGCUCAUCCUCGCCGUCCUGCUGGCGCUCGCCGUCGCCAACGCCGAGGCGGCGUCCGUCGUCGUCGGCCUGGCCAAGUGCGCCGACUGCACCAGGAAGAACCUCAAGGCCGAGGAGGCCUUCAAGGGUCUUCAGGUGGCGAUCAAGUGCAAGAACGUCCACGGCGACUACGAGAGCAAGGCCGUGGGUGCCCUUGACGGCACCGGUGCCUUCAGCGUUCCCCUGGCCGCCGACCUCCACGGCGCCGACUGCAUCGCUCAGCUCCACAGCGCCGCCUCCAACGCGCCGUGCCCCGGCCAGGAGCCAUCCAAGAUCGUGCCUGUUUCUGAGGGCACCACCUUCAGCGUCGUCGCCGGCGACAGCAUUGCCACGCCGUCUGCAGCGUCGCCGGAGUGCGCGUCCAUGACCUUGUGCGGGCCGAUCAAGAAGCACAUCAUCGAGCAUUUCCACCACAAGCAGCCCGUGCCGCCCAAGCCGGAGCCCAAGCCCCAGCCCCACCCUGAUUAUCACCCCGUGCCCAAGCCGGAGCCCAAGCCGCAGCCCCACCCGGACUACCACCCCGUCCCUCCCACGCCCACCUACGGCGGCGGCGGCGGUGGAUACCACGGACACCACUAGUGACUCCGAUCUACCAAUCCGGCACAGCAAUGAAGUGACGCUGCUAUUUAUAUAUGUGCACGGGUUAGCUUGGUCUUCUAUCAUUCAGAAUAACAGUUGUGAGGGAUAAGUAUGCGUGUCAGGUAAAUGUACGGGUGUUUGUAAUACCGUUGUGAUUUUUUGUAAUGAGAAGUUCCUAUAUCUGAAUCAA